GGGACACUCCUGAACUCAAGGAACUAUGACCUCAGAGCAGCACACACACUUGCCCCAUGCACGCAAAAUUUGCCAUGCUUCCCCAGCUGCAGAACACGAUUCAUCAGGUGGCACCGCCACUGCAUGGCUGAGAGUCAGUCUAUUGCUCCACGCGGCCCAGUACAGGACUGGGGUCAGGCCCCAGAGAGCUGGCCAGCAGGGAUGGCUGAGAAGUCUCUCAGGAGCACAGAUUGCUUUUUACUCCUGGAUGAAGUGUUUUGAAGGCAGGAAAGUCAGCCCCUGCAUUUCUUCUUUCAAUGUCAUCAAGAAGGGGCUUGUGGGCUCCAUGAAGGCCUUGCAGAAGCAGUACGUGUCCUGGGACGCGGUGGUGACAAGUGAGGAAACUGAUGCCAACACCGUGUACAGUGCCCUGGAGGCCAUAUUCAUCCAUUGUCUGCACACCAAGCACAUCCUCGCCAAGGAGGGAGACAAAAGGAAGAAGCGUGCCCAACGGAAGCACUCGCCGCAGCCUGCCUUUUGGACCCUCCUGAAAGCUGUCACCGACAAAAUUCUCGGUCAUAAUCCUCUAACAACUAUUGAAGAUUCAUAUCUUUUUCAAUUGCCAGCAUUAAAAUAUCUAGACAUGGGAGCAACACAAGUGUAACUUGGACCAGUCCAAAACAGCCUCAUGAUGACUCUUGAAUUGGAAAAACUAUGAGGAAGUGUCCAAUAGCAACACCGAAGGGGACUUCAUGAAGGUUUUACAGGCCCA